CCAUUCAGUUCAGCGUCACGCCUCAGGGUCACGCGAGAGGCUACAUCGCCGCAAUUUUGUCCAAGUCAUUUGUCCUUAGGGCGACAAAAAUGAAGCUUGAUUUUGCAAAGUUUGCUUUUUUGUUAUAUUUCCUGAAUAUUACUACAGCAGCAGUAGAUAUUACUCUUGAAAACGAUGACUUGAUUCACUCGCCGUUUUCUGAACACACGGAGAGCGAUGUUCAUUCGUACACAGUUUUCACUAAGGAAGAGUUAUCUAAAUACAAUGGAGAGGAUCCCGAUCUUCCCGUCUACGUUGCUAUCAAGGGAGUUGUUUUCGAUGUUUCCGAAGCCAGAAAGGUUUAUGGACGUGGAGGAUCGUAUAAUGUAUUCUCCGGUAAAGAUGCUUCAAGAGCAAUAGCUAAAUGGUCCAUGUCAGAGGAAGACCUCAACGACAAUCUGGUGAGAACACUGAAGUUUAUACACGCAAUGUCUGACGUCAUACGUUUUCAUUAAAUAAGUAUAAUUUCACAUUGUUAUCUCAUA